GAGAGAUACAACAUGCUCUGGAUUCUGCUUUUCCAAAAAACCUCCGUAUUAACAACCCGCAGGUUGAUUAAGCAUUCCGCAAUUCGAUCACGACGAUUAAGCAUAUUGGUAAUUAUACCGUGCGGGGGAUGAUCGUCGGGAUUUCCAUCGAGGUUGCAUGCCGCGUCGAUGGUGUAUGUUUAGUCCGUUAUCUCGUGACUAGGCUGUCUCUUUAAUAAUAAUGUCGCACGGCAUGCUGCCGCUGCGUGUCUUCCUUCAAUUCCAACUCCAAAUCCCAUCUAACCAGCCGCAGUGCUUAAAAUAGCAAUGCGCAAUCGCUUUCUGAAGGCGCUGUCUUUGCUGGCUGUCGUCGGCACAGCGGCCGCCUCGACGAAUGUCGGUCUUGGACGAAAGGGCUAUCUUCGUACCCAAAGCGAGAAACCGCAGGAUUUGGAUGUCGAUCCCUCGACAAUAUACCCUGCCUACAACCUUUCCGUCCCAAUUGAUCAUUUCCAUAACGACACGAGAUACGCACCCCAUAGCAACAGCACAUUUCCCCUACGGUAUUGGUUCGAUGCGAGUCACUACAAGAAAGGCGGGCCUGUGUUUGUUCUCGGAUCCGGAGAGGCGUCUGGGGAAGAACGGCUUCCCUUCCUCCAAAAAGGUCUAAUCGCUCAAUUGGCGCAGGAAACAAAUGGUAUCGCGGUCGUUCUCGAGCACCGGUACUACGGGACAAGCAUACCCACUCCGGAUCUGUCAACGGAGAGCUUGCGCUUCUUAACGACCGAACAAGCGCUCGCGGAUGCAGCUUACUUUGCGAAAAAUAUCGUCUUUCCUGGCUUCGAAGAUCAGAGUAUCACUGCGCAUGACACUCCGUACAUCGCAUAUGGUGGCUCUUAUGCCGGAGCCUUUGUCGCUUUUCUCCGUGUUGUUUAUCCGGAAGUAUAUUUCGGCGCAAUCUCUUCCUCGGGAGUAACGGAAGCCAUUAUUGAUUAUUGGCAAUAUUGGGAGCCGAUCAGAAAAUAUGCUCCCCGGGAAUGUGUAAAUACCAAUCUAAAGUUCACCCAGAUCAUUGACAAUUUGGCUUCUCAUAAGAGCGACUUUGCAGCACUCAAGGGUCUAUUUGGUCUCCAGAAUCUCACAUAUGCAAAUGACUUUGCCAGUAUACUGAAUGAGCCAUUGACAGCAUGGCAAAACAGAAACUGGGAUCCGGCUAUCGAUGACCCUACUUUCUUUCAGUUCUGCGGCAAUAUUACUUCCAACUCUGCCCUUUUCAGCGAGACAGCCAGCAGGACUACCGAGGCCCAGAGACUCGUCGCCGCUGCGGGUUUCAAAAAUGAGUCUAAGCAGUUAACAACCAGACUACUGAACUAUGUCGGCUGGCUCAACCAAACUGUUCUCUGGCCCUGCAUCGGAGAAGGACAGAGUGCCGACUCAUGUUUUUCAACACAUGAUUAUUCCUUCUACCUCCAAGACGACAUAUCCCAGGAUUGGAGAUCAUGGGAUUAUCAAGUCUGCACUGAAUGGGGUUUCUACCAGACAGGUAGCGGCACGCCAAAGAAUGAACUCGCAAUGAUUUCGAGAUUAAUAGACGUCGAUUAUUUGAGCAUAGCUUGCAGAUACGCUUUCAACAUUACAUCUCCUCCAGAUGUGCAGCGAGUCAAUAAAUAUGGCGGUUUCGGCAUCUCGUAUCCCCGACUCGCUAUCAUCGGCGGCCAAGCAGAUCCCUGGAGGGAAUCGACGCCUCUUGCAGAUGCUGCUAAACCACGGAAAAACACUAUUAAUCGACCAGUUGUGGAGAUUGAGGGUGCAGUUCAUCACUGGGAUGAAAACGGUUUGUUUCCGAAUGAGACCUCGCCGACACUACCACCAGCACCAGUAGCGAACGCCCAGGAGUACGAACAUGUCUUUAUCAAGGAUUGGCUAAAGGCAUGGUCCAGACAGCGUAGGAACAUCGACCAAACCACUUUCGAAUAAGCUAUAGAGUAUUAUAUACUUCGAACAUUCUACUUAUAGGUAGGUGUUUAUAUAAAAUUUAGGCCUGGAGGAUAUUGAAAGUGAAAUGGUGUCAAUAGGUCAAAAAAUGAUUGAAAAUAUAUAUAGCAUAAUUGUCAGCCAACAAGCAAGGAUAAACCAAACCAUGCGUCAGACUCCAACCCCAAUAAUAAC